AUGACCAGCCUCGGCCCUGACUUCCUCGGUCCCAACGCUUUCGAGCGGGUGGGAACCAAACAGGACGUCUUCCGGGUAACUCCGGCCACGCCCGGCGACGAUUCGCAACAACAACUGCGACGGCGGAAUGCCGGACAGGACGGGGAUCAGAUUCUGUUGGAUGGUGAUGGGUUCGAGAAGGAAGACAAUGGUGGAUAUUUCGGGCACGUGAAGGAGGGAACGCAGACGUUAAAUGAGAGAUUGCAGAGUGGGAAAGACGCAAACACGCGUAUGGGAAGAACGAGUCCGUUGAUGGGGACACUCAAAUUGGACGAUUUGCGAGAUCAACUGGAGACUGGAAUUGAAAAGAAGUUUGCGCCUUUGCAUAUACCGCCGCAUCGCCGACUACAAACGGCAGCUGUUGCUUUCUGGGCGUUCUUCUUGCCGAUCAGUAUAAUGCUGCUGCUCCUCUUGUUAUCAUUACCGCAGUGCUGGUAUAUCCUGAUACCAUAUUUCUUCUGGAUAGCGUUCGACCGAGCGCCGCUGCAUGGAGGGCGUCCGCAGGAAUGGGCUAGAUCUAGUUCGCUCUGGACAUACUUUGCCCAAUAUUACCCUUGCAGUCUCGUGAAGGAGGCAGAUCUUCCUCCAGAUAGGCCAUACCUCUUUGGGUAUCAUCCGCAUGGAAUUAUCGGAAUGGGCGCCUUUGCUACUUUUGCUACCGAGGGUACCAGCUUUUCAGAAUACUUUCCGGGCCUCGAACCUCAUCUUCUCACUCUCGAAUCCAACUUCAAAAUCCCCUUCUAUCGCGAGCUGCUCCUCAUUCACGGAUGCGGCUCAGUGUCCAAAAAGUCGUGUGCAAACGUGCUCUCGCAGGGGCCCGGUAGCGCGAUUGCGAUUGUGAUUGGAGGAGCUGCCGAGAGUCUGUCGGCUCAUCCCGGUACGGCGGAUUUGACUUUGAAGAAGAGAUUCGGGUUCGUGAAGAUGGCUAUCAGAGAGGGCGCGGACUUGGUGCCAGUGUUUUCUUUUGGGGAGAACGACGUGAGUGUGCACGUUGGAGCGAAUGCGAAAGGUUCGAUGGUGUACAAGCUGCAAAAACGGUUCCAGAAGGCAUUCGGUUUUACACUACCGUUAUUCUAUGGUCGAGGGUUGAUUGCUGAGGUCGCUCGAACGCAACUGACGAAAGACGUUCAGCCCUUUCGCCAUCCUAUAGUGUCUGUAGUCGGCAAGCCCAUACACGUCGAGCGCGAUCCGCACCCAAGCGACGAAAAAGUGCGCGCUCUUCAGCGGGAAUACAUUACAGAAUUGACCAGGUUAUGGGAAAAGUAUAAAGACUUGUAUGCCCGCCAUAGAACGAAAGAGCUCACUUUCGUGGAAUGA